UUUUCGUUUCCGCUCAUUUCUCCUCUGAAUUGAAUGCAUUAUCCCUUCACGGCGCCUUUCCCUCCAAUUAUUUUUCUUUAUCUGUCCUCAUUGAAGAAGAAGGGCUAUUUUUUCUCUGUGAAAGCUGUCGCUUCUUUCACAUCUUGUGCCUCCAUCGAACCCCUCUGGCACUGAUGAUGGACACGAAAAAAAUGACGUUUCAAGAAAUAACAGAGGCCGGGUAUCUUCAACGUUCGACCCAUUCUUGAUCUUGGAUGGCCCUCCGUCCCGUGUCCUUGAUCCAUCGAAGACGCUCUCUCGUCGCGGGUUUGGUUCUUGUUACAAUUGCGGCACUCUCACUGUCGCGAACGCUUACCUACGCAUCAUUCUCUGCCCGCGCAGGAGAACCGACCAUCUUCACGGCUUCACCUCUCGUAUGCGUCGAUAAAACUUAUGAAUCAGCGCGCGCGUCGAACGGAGCACCGACAGCCUCCUUCAGAGACAAUCUAAAAGUUGACAGGAAAUAUAUCACAUCGUGGACGUCGGCUGGAUGGACCAACGAUGUCGCCACCUACAUCAAUCUCAUCUAUCUAGGCCUCAUCACUGAGCGGAUUCCUAUCGUCCCGGAUUUUCUUCCCUCGCACAUCGGAGUCCACGUGCCCCCCAUUCCCUUCGGGGACGUCUUCGAUCUUCCUCGUCUGCGCAAUCAGCUUGGCACGGCCGUCCUCGAAUGGAGAGAUGUCAAGGACGUGAACAGCACUUUUGUUGAUGACUUGGGCUGCUGGAAUGUAUGGGAGGCGGUGCAAUUCCGCCAUGCACAUCCCCGGGACAGCUGGCAUCCUACCCACCUUGGGCUUGAUAUCUCCUACACCAAAGUCCCCGGUUGGGUCAAGCUGAUUCCAGAUUCUGAGCACGAUUAUCAUGCCACAUUCUGGGCACUUGCGACUCUGGCUUUUCCGUCCGGUCAGAAAGCCAAUAUGGUGCCGCCGUCACCGUCACCCGAACACCACUCGCUCCUCGCUCCUGACGAGCAAUUGCUGUGUUACGACUUUUUGUAUUACGUGGUUGCACAUCGAGUGCUGUUUCUCACGGAGGAACAAUCAGGUUCUGACCGCCAGCACGGAAGCCCUGCUUGGCGAUCUGUUGGGACUCACAUGCACUGGAAUCCGAGCUUGGAGGAACUUGCGGAGAGCUAUCUCCGCGCGGCCAUGAGGUUGUCCGAGGAGUCCCCGCUCGUCCCGUUCAUCUCAGUCCAUGUUCGACAUGCCGACUUUGAAUCGUGGUGCAAUGGAAUCCCUGUCAAGCAGUGCUUCGCAUCUCUUGCUGCGAUCAACCGACAAGUACAGCAGAUAAGAGCGGAGAUGCUCAGGCUCAAAGGUGUCAGAAUUCACCACGUGGUGAUGACGAGUGAUGAGAGGGAUGCGAUCUGGUGGCACGACGUUGCUGAACUCGGAUGGCUGAGGAUAGACCAUUCACGCACAGCACACGUUUAUGGCGAGUGGUAUCCGGUGCUCAUUGACGCCGUGAUCCAAUCGAAAGGUGCUGCGUUCGUAGGAACAGAUCGAUCGUCGAUGUCCGUUCUCGCUGGGCGACGUGUCGAGGACUGGCAAAAUGGGCUGAGUGCGCUGGUCAAGUGGGGCACAGCCACUUCUGACGAUCACUAGACUAGAUUGCAUUCCGCACCACUCUACAGUAUUCGAACGAU